AUGGCCGUCCUUCGCGUGGUGGCACGCUAUGAACGGAAGCGAAAGCUGUUGUGGGAUGAUUGGAUGAUUAUCUGGUCGAUGGGUUGGAACAUUGUCGUCGUCGGUUUCAUCUUUGCCAUGGUCCAGGAAGGCAUGGGCCUCCACACCGCCCCUGCAGCCAACCUCGUGAUGAUCGCCAAAUUUCUCCUCGUCGCCAACAUCCUGUACAUGUUCAACCUGAAACUCUGGUAUCCAGAUAUCCCGGGCCGAUGUAUCGACCAGGUCACCACUUGGAUUGCCAACGCUGCGUCGACUAUCCUCACUGAUCUGGCAAUCUUGGUGCUUCCAAUCCCGCAGGUAUGGAAGCUGCAGCUGCGGCGUGUUAUUUUUGCGUCUGCCUACCAAUUCACGGUUCUCUUCUCCUACAACCCUGCCAACUCAGCAUACACUCUCGCUCCCACGGUGGGAUGGACCGCCAUCGAAGCGUCCACAGGUAUUAUAUCCGCGUUUCUCCCGACACUACGGCCCGCACUGCAGCUGGCAACCCGGAUCCUACGAAUCAGGGGCACUCUGCCGGCUCUCAUCCGAAGUCGAUCCAUACCGUUUUCUCAAGGCAGCCAGCUUGACUCCAAUUACGGCGUACCACUCGGGGACAACUCCCCUGUCAACAUGGGAGGGCACUGUGGCAACCAGGACAAGACGGGGGCAUACCGAGCCAGUUAG